CAAUGGUGUAUAGGGCGAUGGGCGGGGUGUGGACUCCUUCGCUAUGGCAGCCCGCGGUCUUUCUCAGUCUUGCACUUCCUGACUCCUCCUGCAAGCGAGGUCUCGUGGGCCGGCUUCGCAGUCAUGUACCCGCCGCCGCCGCCGGCGCCUCACCGGGACUUCAUCUCGGUGACGCUGAGCCUGGGCGAGAGCUACGACAACAGCAAGAGCCGGCGGCGGCGUUCGUGCUGGAGGAAGUGGAAGCAGCUUUCGAGGUUACAGCGGAAUGUGGUUCUCUUCCUCCUGGGCUUUCUGAUUCUCUGUGGAUUCCUGUACAGUCUUCAGGCGGCUGACCAGUGGAAAGUUCUGAGUGGCAGACUGGCAGAAGAACAGAAGAUGAAACCAGAAGUUCCGCCUGUCUUACCAGCUCCUCAGAGGGAAAGUGCCAAACCAGAAGGCUUUCCAGACACAGUCCUUCAGAAGCGGCAAAGGCAUCGCGGCCCUCCCCACCUGCAGAUCAGGCCCCCCAACAUGGUCUCCAAGGACGGGGUGCAAGAUGAUGCUAAGGAGAGGGAAACAGCCCUGGGGAAGGCUCCGCAGGAAGAGGACACACAGAGAACCGUCAUCAGCUGGCGGGGCGCAGUGAUUGAGCCUGAACAGGCCACUGAGCUCCCUUCAAAAAGAGCUGAAGCCUCCACCAAAGCGCCUUUUCUGUCAGUCAAGAUGUGGAAAGAGCCAGUCCCCCCGAAUGAGCGCCAGAAGGGAGUGAUUGAGGCCUUUCUCCAUGCUUGGAAGGGUUACCGCAAGUUCGCUUGGGGCCAUGAUGAGUUGAAGCCUGUGUCGAAAACCUUCAGUGAGUGGUUUGGCCUGGGCCUCACCCUGGUCGACGCCUUGGAUACCAUGUGGAUUUUGGGUCUGAAGCAAGAAUUUAACGAAGCCAGGAAGUGGGUGUCACAGAGGUUAAACUUUAAGAAAAAUGUGGACGUCAACCUGUUUGAGAGCACCAUCCGCAUCUUAGGGGGCCUGCUGAGCACCUACCACCUAUCGGGGGACAGCCUCUUCCUGAGAAAAGCUGAAGAUUUCGGAAACCGGCUAAUGCCUGCCUUCACCACACCCUCCAAGAUUCCAUACUCUGAUGUGAACAUUGGCACUGGAUUUGCCCACUCACCACAGUGGACUUCAGACAGCACGGUGGCAGAAGUGACAAGCAUUCUUGAGUUCCGGGAGCUCUCUCGGCUUACUGGAAUUAAGAAGUUCCAGGAGGCCGUGGAGGAAGUGACAAAGCACAUCCACUCCCUGUCUGGGAAGAAAGACGGGCUGGUGCCCAUGUUCAUCAACACGAACAGCGGCCUCUUCACCCCGGGAGUGUUCACCUUGGGUGCCAGGGCCGACAGCUACUACGAAUACCUGCUGAAGCAGUGGAUCCAGGGUGGCAAGAAGGAGACACAGUUGCUGGAAGACUAUGUGAAAGCCAUCGAGGGCGUGAAAGCUCACCUGAUACAGCAUUCUCAGCCCGGAAAGCUCACCUUCGUGGGAGAGCUUGCCCACGGCCGCUUCAACGCCAAGAUGGACCACUUGGUGUGCUUCCUGCCAGGGACGCUGGCCCUGGGCGUCCACCAUGGCCUGCCAGCUGACCACAUGGACCUGGCUCGCGCACUCAUGGAGACCUGCUACCAGAUGAACCCAAUGGAGACAGGUCUGAGCCCUGAGAUUGCACAUUUCAACUUGUACCCUCGGGGAGAUCAUAAGGAUGUGGAGGUCAAGCCAGCUGACAGGCACAACCUGCUGCGGCCGGAGACCGUGGAAAGCCUGUUCUAUCUGUACCGGGUCACAAGGGACCGCAAGUACCAGGACUGGGGCUGGGAAAUCCUACAGAGCUUCAACAAGUACACACGGGUCCCCUCAGGUGGCUACUCUUCUAUCAACAACGUCCAGAAUUCCCACAAGCCUGAGCCCAGGGACAAGAUGGAGAGCUUCUUUGUGGGAGAGACGCUGAAGUACCUCUACCUGCUGUUCUCUGAUGACAUGGAGCUGCUCAGCCUGGACACCUGUGUGUUCAACACAGAAGCCCAUCCCUUACCCAUCUGGGCUCCUGCCUAGAAUAACCUGGCCUGGGGACGGAUGGAGGGCCGAGGUGGUCCUGUUGGGUCUGUGACCUUCUCAGGGCCCAUAUAGCUCUGGGCAGG